AAAGAUAUUUGCCCCUUCUUCUAUGUUAAGAAUUUGCGAUAAACCUAUUAGCAGUUUUUGACGUAUUUCUACUGAUCGGCAUCCAUUUCCUAUACCAUCCAUUAGUUUUUCACUUCAACCGCAACUUUUUUCUUUGGAUUUUGGAAUCGUACUUUGUUUUCAUGAAUUUCUCUUUCUUUUCGGUGAAGAUUUAAGCAGCGACUUUGCAUCCAAUUGAUCAAUGGCUCUUCUCGGCUCCGCAAUUACCAACGAGGUUGGAUUGCAGCUGCUCCUGUAUCCCCUUGGUUCCAAUGUCGUUGUUCGUACGGCAUGCUGUUCUGUAGGUAUUGUCUUACCUGUGUAUUCCACCUUCAAGGCAAUCGAGAAGAAAGAUCAAAAUGAGCAACAGAAGUGGCUUUUGUAUUGGGCAGCCUAUGGAUCUUUCAGCCUUGUUGAAGUGUUCUCAGACAAACUUCUUUCAUGGUUUCCAGUGUACUAUCAUCUGAAGUUUGCGUUUCUUGUUUGGCUCCAGCUCCCGGCAACUGAUGGGGCAAAGAAAUUAUACACGAGCCACCUGCGUCCUUUCCUGCUGAAGCAUCAAGCAAAAGUGGACAGGAUUUUGGGGUCUGUUUCUGAUGAAAUGGUGAAAACCAUCAGCAGACAUCAAGCAGAAAUUCAGUAUUUUAGAACAAUUGUUAUGAAGAUAAUGGGAUCAGACGAACGAUCAUCAAGACUUGGAACAGCCAGACCAAAUGGGGCUGGAAGACGCCUACAAAUUGAGGAUCAAAACUCAGAUACAGAGUCCGAUCUUGAUGAUUAACUUAUUUUGCCUACAAUUUCUAUUCGUUGAUGUUAAUUACCACAAUAUAAACCCCCGUUCCUGGAAGUUCGUAUUGGUAGCUGCUUGUAAAAAUUGAGUCCUGGGGCUCUCAAGUGUCGACCAACAGUCCUUCCCCCCCCCCCCCCCCACACAAUAACUUCACUCAAAAGUGUAAACUAAUGGAAGCCUUAGAAUAAUUUUUCAUAGUAGAUCAUCAAGUUCAGUAAUUGCAACAGAAAACUUGUAAGUAUUUGUAAUCAAUCCUUAGAGUAUCGUUCCUAUGCACCAGAGGCUUUCACGGUGCAAGUGAACCACCAAGUGAAAAAA